GGAACAAAGCGGCUUGUCGCCAGUAACGCAGGGGAGGGAGAGGAUUGCCGGGCUGCUCGAUGGCUGAGGGGGAAUAAUUGAGCAGAGAAGAAGGUCAGAGCUGGUUGGAGAGAGGAGGAAGGGGACACAAAACAUGGCGCUGCUGUCAGUGACGGUGAAGAGGCUGGCAAGGCUACGGAGGCCGGCGUUUGGAAGCAAUGUACACAAUCAGUCAAGACCAUCAAGCUCAUUGCCAGAAGAACAGAAGGAAAAUUUUCAAACUAGACCUGAUUUGCAAGACUUUGUGUCCGGGGAACUUUCAGACAAAACUAAAUGGGCAGAAUAUAAAGGCAAUUUAAAGCGUCAGAAAGGAGAAAGGUUGAGACUACCUCCAUGGCUGAAAACUGAGAUUCCAAUUGGGAAAAAUUAUAACAGAUUGAAGAACACAUUGCGCAAUUUAAAUCUCCAUACGGUAUGUGAGGAAGCACGUUGUCCAAACAUUGGAGAGUGCUGGGGUGGAGGUGAAUAUGCUACUGCUACAGCAACCAUAAUGCUGAUGGGAGAUACGUGUACAAGAGGCUGUCGAUUCUGUUCAGUCAAAACAGCAAAAAGUCCUCCUCCAUUAGAUCCCAAUGAACCAUAUAAUACAGCAAAAGCAAUAGGCGAAUGGGGGUUGGAUUAUGUUGUAUUGACCUCUGUGGACAGAGAUGAUCUCCCUGAUGGUGGAGCAGCUCACUUUGCAAAGACUGUUUCGCACUUAAAGNUCAGAAAUCCCAAAAUUCUAGUGGAAUGCUUAACUCCUGAUUUCCGAGGGGAUCUGAAAGCAGUGGAAGAAGUUGCUCUGUCAGGACUAGAUGUGUAUGCCCACAAUGUGGAAACAGUUCCAGAAUUACAGAGAAAAGUUCGUGAUCCUCGAGCUAACUUUGACCAGUCCCUAUGUGUUUUGAAGCAUGCUAAGAAGGUUCAGCCUGAUGUAAUUUCUAAAACAUCCAUCAUGCUUGGUUUGGGUGAAACCGAUGAGCAAGUAUACGCCACACUGAAAUUACUACGUGAGGCAGAUGUAGAUUGUCUGACCUUGGGACAAUACAUGCAACCAACAAAGCGCCAUUUAAAGGUUGAAGAAUAUAUUAGUCCUGAGAAGUUUAAAUACUGGGAAAAAGUAGGAAAUGACCUUGGAUUUCACUACACAGCUAGUGGGCCUCUUGUGCGUUCUUCAUACAAAGCAGGUGAAUUCUUCUUGAAAAAUUUAAUACAGAAAAGGAAGACAAAAGACAUCUGAAAUGUUGAAAUGCCCAUAGGAUGAAUUCUACAGCUUUUAAUGGAUAGUAUUCCAGAUGGUUGUAUUGCAAACUGAGUAAGGACUGGGCAUUCAAAAAAGCUUGUAUUGAUUGAUCAAAAUUAAACCUAGCCUUGAAAUAUUCAGUGUUCUGUUACUUUUACAUGUUCAAAUAUAGUUUUAAAAUGUUAACAUGUAUUUCAUUGUUUAAACGCCUUUAAGCUAUAAGAAAGGUGAUGGACAGCAGCUGCAGGAAGAGAUUAACAGCUGUGCUGGCAA